UUCUCGCUGGAAUUGGAGUGUUUUGGUUGGGCAUAUGACGAUAGACCGGACGUUGGGUGGUAGAAAGACCACUAGAGAAUGGCGGACCCGUUCACAGCUCUUAUCGACAGGAUACCCUCCGAUGCGUCGGAAACCUCUCUUCAGCUCAUUCUCUCCAUAUUGCAAGAGCAUAGACUGGCAAAGGAAGCGGAGAAGGCGGCAAAAGAGGAAGAAAGAAAAGCCAAAGAACUGGAGCUGGAGAUAAUACGAGAGAAAAGGGCGCUAGCUUCUGAUGCAAGUGGGUUGGGGAAUGUGGCGACGUCAGGGCAUUCAACUGGUACACAUUCUAUGGCCCAGCCAUUGCACCUCUUGCCCAUAACACCUCCCGAACCUUCUGCUCCCGUGCCGAACGUUGAGUCAUGGGGAGCAUCGGUCCACCUUCCCAUUGACAUUGGCCAAUACUCCCAUAGUCCAACCUCCUAUGCAUCGGAUGUGCCAUUAAAUUCCAUUUCUGUAUCGGACACCCCGGAACUCUCACACAACAAUUUUUUGGAUGGUUGGGUUGGACAAAUGUCUUUCACCAGAGAUCUCUUCACACCAAUGAUGGAGGACGAUCUGAACGUCCAGGAUGCUGAGGGGAAUUUGGUUGACGAGAACUGGGCAGACUAUGCAUUGGAAAAUGCAUCCUCGUCCUCUUCCCCGUAUGCUAGCAUAGGGCAGUCGUCACCAUCAUUGCCGUCCAGCAAGAGUGACAUACCGCAAACAGCGCAAACAAAUAAUGGCCGAAGACGCCGCAAACGUGAGAUGAAGGAGACUGAUGCCACAUGCCGGGAUUGUUCGACCCCUGUAGCGCAUUUGUAUUUGCAUGGGACGGAAGAACAGCUUGCUGAGCCUUAUGUCGUUAAUAUACGGUGUACAUCGUGUGCUGCACGGGAAAAAGGAGGAGCGUCGAAGCAGAGCACCUCGUCCGAGCCGCCAUACAAGAAGCGAAAGGAGUCACUAUUGGGACCUAGCGACAAAUCUCUCGGCUGCGAUGUUUGCAAAAGAAAGGCUGGAGUGGGAGGAGUACACAGUGCGAUGAUAAGCGCGGGAUCGACGGGGGAACCCGGGUUUGCGGUGGGAGGUAGUUUGCAUCGCCUGCCACAACAAGUAUUCUCUAUGCAGUGAUUGCGGCGGUGGAGGAAAGUAUCGAACAGGCAAAUGGAGGCCAACACAACUCUUUGCCGCUAAUCGUCUUACGUGCUCCUUGUCACACGAACGGUUUGGUGUGCACUCUGAAGUGCACAGCGACAUACGGUUGAUUUCUAACCCCGCGCAUAUGCCAAAUUCCCGGGCGCUUUCAAAACCGCCCUCGCAAGACUUGAUCUCAGCUAUCCUUGCCUCCGUCGAUGAUAUUAUGUUGCAUGCACAUGCACAACCGAAAAUUAUGGAGCACAUACCUAAUUGUAAAACGUGGGAUGAGCUCAAUGGAAAUAUCGAGCAUGUGCGAGAGGAAAUGCGACAGAUGGUGUAUGGUGAAGAUAAAGAGAUGAGGCCGAUCUGUCGGAGAUAUCUUGUCGUCAAAUGGUUGCGACCAAAGCGAAGUGCGUCGGCCCAUACACCUGGUGGAAGUACCUGGGAAGAAAGUAGCGGAAAGCGGACGAUUUAUUCCGUUAUGCUGGCUGAUUGGAACAUGGAAACGGGCGACUUGGACAAUGUACUUGCAAUUGGUCACCAAACACGAAAGCGAGGGUUUGCGUGGAAAAUAGUCCUUGACCAAGUGCAUCACGAUUUCACAAACCUUGUUCUUUCCCCGGAAGGACUCCCGCUACGCCCGUCACCGUUACGGUGGAUAUGGGCAAAUGUUCGCAAAGUGGGCCGUAAUUCUUCUGUUGCCCCUGUCACCGCCGCUGGCUUACGAGAAUGGGGAAUGAGACCGUUAUCAGAGGUACCAGCAGCUAAGCAGGACUUUGACUACGCACAACAAAUCCAGGAAACGGUCGUUGGCAAGUACUGUGAUCCAAAAACUUAUGAAGUGUGGGUAGGAGGGUUUGAAGAGGUGCGGACGAGUAGCGCCGCCAUGAGCAGUGGUGACGAAUCAGAUUAGCUUCUGGCUGUAUAGACUUUUGUUGGAUAUGGCUGACACAUGCAGAGAUAUUGGUAGACAGCAAAUGCCUCCGCAGCUUUGCUAGAAAGCGCUGCUCCACGUGACACCCAAAGGGCUUAGUCGCGCGACGCAACUGCCAGGAAACAGCACACGAAAACACCAUUCAACACAUUUAUUUGCCCAAGAAUUUGAACAGAAUACUUUUUAACACACAUCUAAAACUAACAAUUGUUGGGUACCUCCAACGUCUAUAACUCCCCACUGUUAUUUCCCAAAGAACACCAAGAACCAGUCUUUUUCCGUUGAAAUAUUGUAUAUGUAGAGAAUGCAGCCUGGAUAGAGGAACGGUCUGCCGUAAUGUGAUCAAGCCAUUGCUGGCCUCUGGAG